ACUACCAGUCUGUCUGCAAAUUACUAUUUACCACUAAAAUUUUGCUUUUUCCAGCACACACAACCUGAAUAUUUGCCUACAUCCAUCCGAAAGUCUCAGUGGAGAUAACAAUUACGGCUUUGUUAAUAGCAUUUCUUUUUGUUCCCACUAGCACCAACCUUUAUAUACGACGUGCAGAUACAGUCUUCCAGCCUUGGUUUGGGUUUUCGUUUUCGACUCAUAAUCCAAAGAUCAUUAUCUCCGUCUCUGUGAAUUUUUCAUCGAUUGGCAAUGGCGAGAACCAGCAACAAGAACAUACAAGCCAAGCUGGUACUUCUUGGAGACAUGGGGACUGGAAAGACAAGUUUAGUGUUGAGAUUUGUCAAAGGCCAAUUUUUUGAAUUCCAGGAAUCAACAAUUGGAGCAGCCUUUUUCACUCAGGUUUUAUCACUGAAUGAGGCCACCAUAAAGUUUGAUAUAUGGGAUACAGCAGGGCAGGAAAGAUACCAUAGCUUAGCUCCCAUGUACUACCGUGGUGCUGCUGCAGCUGUUGUGGUCUAUGAUAUCACCAGCAUGGAAUCAUUUGAACGGGCCAAAAAAUGGGUUCUAGAAUUGCAAAGACAAGGUAAUCCAAAUCUGAUAAUGUUCUUGGCGGCCAACAAAGCUGACCUGGAAGAGAAGAGAAAAGUUGCAAGUGAGGAAGGUGAGCAAUAUGCUAAAGAAAGUGGAUUGGUUUUUCUUGAAACUUCUGCAAAAACUGCACAGAAUGUGAAUGAGCUCUUUUAUGAAAUAGCUAAGAAAUUGGUAAUUGCUGCGCCUUCACGUCCAACUGGAAUGAAAUUGCAUACUAGACAGCAAGAAAAUGGAAGAAGAACGCUCUGUUGCUCUUAAUGAAUGUUGAUAUCCAUAUUUGUCAUCUACUGGAUUUCCUCAACUAAUUGUCAGGACAUUGCUUUGUGAGAUUGGAAUGCAUUGUGGUUCAUCAGCGUUGAAGAUAAAGCUGCUCUGCUCUCUGCAGAAUGCAAUUCACCUGAAAGCCUGUUGUGUGUAAAUUGUUACUUCUCAAAUACAAAUGCUUUUUUGACACUUGCCAAGCAUUUAAAUGCUCAACUAUAUGCAAGAAAAGUAUUGAACUUGAAAUGAAUAAGCAAAACUGAUUACCAAAA